CCAUAAUGCACCGGUUUCGGCUUCCAAGCUGGCUGACUGCUCUCGAGGCAGCAGCGUUUCUCAUUUAAACAAACAGCAGCUGAAGAUGGCGGAGUCACAAACGGAGCUGAAAUAGAAAGCAACAACAAACCAACAGAAGAUAACAAGAUUUAUUUAUUUAUGUCUCUCACAGGAGCUCAAAACUGGAUGUGAAGCUGGAGGAAGCCGAAGCACACCAUUAAAACACUGCUGAAGGAGGUGCUGAUAUGUGUAGAAGAUGAGUGGUGUGGGGGAAAACUCCAUGGAGCCUUUGUGCCCUGAUCGUAAGCGCAGUCUGUCGACCUGCGACACGCCCGGCCUCGGGUGUGAGAAGCGGCGGCGAGAGCAGGAGAGUAAAUACAUCGAGGAGCUGGCGGAGCUGAUCUCGGCUAACCUCAGCGACAUCGACAGCUUCAACGUUAAACCAGACAAAUGCGCCAUCCUGAAGGAGACGGUGCGCCAGAUCCGCCAGAUCAAAGAGCAAGGGAAAGCCUCAUCAAGUGACGAUGAUGUCCAGAAAGCAGACGUUUCCUCCACAGGUCAGGGCGUCAUCGAUAAGGACCAUCUCGGACCUCUGUUACUGCAGGCACUGGAUGGCUUCCUGUUUGUGGUAAACCGAGAGGGGAGCAUUGUCUUUGUGUCUGAUAACGUCACUCAGUACCUGCAGUACACACAGGAGGAGCUGAUUAACACCAGCGUCUACAACAUCCUACACGAUGACGACCGAGACGACUUCCACAAGAAUUUACCCCGGAAUACCGUGAACAGCAUGGCGUGGGGAGGAGAAGCUCCUCGACAGAAGAGCCACACCUUUAACUGCCGCAUGCUGGUAAAGUUCAGCUCGGGUCCGGCCGAGGAGAACUCUGGGACGCCCCGCUACGAGACCAUGCAGUGUUUCGCCCUCACGCAGCCGAAAGCCAUGAUGGACGAGGGAGAAGACUUGCAGUCAUGUAUGAUCUGUGUGGCACGACGUGUGACCACGUUGGAGAGAACCGAGAGCUUCAAUACUAGACACGAUCCCUCAGGCAAACUGAUUCAGAUAGACCAGAAUUCCCUGCGUGCCUCGAUGCGUCCAGGAUGGGAGGACCUGCUGAGACGCUGUAUACAGAUGUUUCUACAGCACAGUGAUGGACAGCCCUGGUCAAAUAAACGGCACUACCACGAAGCCUUUCUCCAUGGCCAUGCAGAGACCCCCGUGUACAGGUUCUCCUUAUCAGACGGCACCCCAGUCACGGCGCAGACCAAAAGCAAGCUUUACCGCAACCCGAUGACCAACGAGCCUCAGGGCUUCAUAUCCACCCACCUCUUACAGAGGGAGCCCAACGGUUGUCGUACCAACCAAAGUGGCAUGAUGCAAGGCGCCAUGAGGCAGCAAGGCAUGGGGGGCACUAACCCCAACAGCCAAAUGAACAUGGGUCCUGGUGGAGGCAUGGGGAUGGGGGGCAUGGGUGGUAUGGGAGGGAUGAGUAUGAAUCGUGGUUAUGGCAUGAAGGACACGGGGCACAUGGGACACAUGGGUGGUGGGGGGUCAAUGUACGGGGGCAGCAUGGGGAGUCGAAUGAUGCAGAUGAAUCAGAUGAGUCAGAUGGGUCAAAUGAAUCCAAUGGGCCAAAUGAAUCAAAUGAAUCCCAUGGCUCAGAUGAAUCCUAUGAAUCACCCUGGUUCUGGGAUGCAGCAUCAGCAGAGUCUCUUCCAGGCACCAGGAGGCUAUGGACUUGGAGGCAUGAGCAGCCCAUCUCAAGGUAGCCCGGGUCUAAACGGACCUCAGCAGGGCCUUCUCAUGUCUCCACGCAACAGAGGAAGUCCAAAAAUGAUGUCCAGCCAGUUCUCUCCAGGAGGUACAGGUAGUGUUGGAGCCACAGGAGGUGGAGGUGGAACCACCUAUUCCAGCAGCUCCCUUAAUGCCCUUCAGGCCAUCAGUGAAGGAGUAGGUGCCUCCCUGCCAUCCACCCUGACGUCCCCUUCUACAGCACACAAACCAGACAGCUCUCCAAGUAUCCAUUCCUCCUCCUCCUCCUCCUCCCAAACCUGCAAAUCAGGACCGGGGGACUCCAAAAGCCCAGCAGGAGCCUACAGUCAAGGAACUGGAGAUCAGCAUCACCCCUUGCAUCACCACCAUCACCACAGCCACACCCACCAAUCAGAGAGCAGCAGUUCUGACCGACCCGAUAGCCAGGCUGGUGGAGGCAGCAAAGAGACUGGGGAUGCAGUCAACGAAGCUGGAAAUGCUUCAUCCGAACCUCCUCGGAAGAUUCCAGAUGGAAAAGGACAUAAAAAAUUGCUCCAACUACUCACAUCACCUACUGAGGAGCUGGGACUCGGGGUUGGAAGUGGACCUCCUGGACCACCAUCAGGAACUAGCUUGGAGGGCAAGGACCCGGGAUGCGUGACGAGUCCGUCUUCCACUGGCGUCUCUUCAUCCACCAAUCAAAGCCAGGUUCUUGGAGCAGCCGGUGGAGGACCCUCUGAAGCUUUGGGGUCUUCUCACUACACCGCGUCAUUACAGAAAAAGCACAAGAUCCUUCACAAACUGCUCCAGAAUGGAAACACACCAGAUGAAGUUGCGAAAAUCACUGCGGAGGCAACGGGAAAAGCGAUGUUCGGCCAGGACACGGGCGCCGCCGGAGGAGAAAUGGGAGGUGCCAACACAGGACCAGGGGGAGUCACUGGAACGUCAGAACCCAAGCAAGAGCAACAUAGCCCCAAGGAGAAGAAAACCAAUGCCCUGCUUCACUACCUCCUCAACAACAAAGACGACUCCACCUCCAAAGAGUCCAGCGACAUCAAACCAAAGCCUGAGAAUCUGGAAGGGAAAGGUGUGACUGGAGGAAACGGUGGUGCUCCGCUCAACAGAGGAGUGCAGGAGAACAUGGAGGGCAAGAUCAAGUCAGAACCUCCUGAUGAGCUGGACACCAUCCUUGGAGGCCUCAGAGGUUCUGGAACAGAUUUUUCAGAGCAGGGGGAUGCAGGAGGUGCACCGGAUGGAGGGAACAAACCUCACUCGUUUGCUGAUGAUGGGAUGAACAGAGGGAUGGGAAUGCCGGAGCGAUCCCCCAUGGGCCCGCCUGGAGACUGGGGAAUGCCGCGAGCGACUGGUAGCCCCUCUGUCAUGCAUCCUGCCGUCGAUUCCUACAACUCCAAGGGCAUGAUGGGAGGACCCAUGGUGAACAGGUCCAACAGUGUUCCUGGUACCAGGUCCAUUCUGCAGCAGCAGCUGAUGGAUAUGGGCUCUAGUGACAUGAACAUGGCGAUGGGGCCGUUCAGCCAGCAGCAGUGUCCAGACAGUCAGUCUCCUUCCUGGCCAGACAACAUGAUGGGGAUGGACAGCAGGCGUCAGUUUGGAAACGCUCUGGAUGAGUUGUUGGUUCCUCCCUCCACCUCUGAGGGUCAGAGUGAUGAGCGAGCUCUGUUAGAUCAGCUCGACUCUCUGCUCAACAACACAGACGUCUUGGCUCUGGAGGAGAUCGACCGUGCCCUGGGCAUCCCUGACAUCAUCAGUCAGGGUCAGGGUGGAGAGAUGCAGCCAGAGCCUUUCCCCACCCAGGACCCGUCCAUGGUGAUGGAGCAGAAGCCCAUGUACCCCCAGGGCUACCCCGGACCCCCGUCCAUGCCCAUGGCCUCCGGUUACGGUGCCAGCCCCAUGCAAGGCGCUCAUCCCCCUUCACCCUACAGCCCCAUGAUCAACCAGAUGGGGCAGGGGAACUACCCCGGUAUGGGCGGAAUGGGGCCGAUGGGGGGUAUGGGGCAUCCACGUGCUGCCAUGAUGAGACCCAGGAUGAUGAGCGCCACAAAACCUACACGCCUACAGCUGCAGCAAAGGCUACAAGGACAACAGUUUAUGAGCCAGGCUCGGCAAGGUAUGGGCAUGAAGAUGGAGAAUCCAGGUGGAGGAGGAGGCCCUGGGAUGAGACCUGGCAUGCAGCCGGGAAUGGGAGCUCAGCCGGGUUUCCUGAACACACAGAUGAUAGCCCAGCGUAACAGAGAGAUUCAGAUGCGGAGACACAGGAUGAUGAUGUUGAUGCAGCAGCAGGCAGCAGGUGGAGGUUUCAGUCCUCCGCCCAAUGUCACGGCCCCCACGGGGAUAGAGGGCAUGGGUGGGCCGGGGAUGGGGCAGCCAGGCCAGCAGCAGUUCAGCUAUGGAGGAGGCUAUGGAAUGGGCCAGCAGGGUGACCCCUCCUUCACUCCCGCCGGAGGUCCCAGCCCACCCAACGCCAUGAUGCCAGGCCGCAUGGGGCCUCCACAGAGUCCCAUGAUGCAGCAGCACCCACAGGGCGGCCCCAUGUACCAGAGUCCUGACAUGAAGGGCUGGCCUCAGGGGGCAAUGACACGCAACAGUUCAUAUCCACAGCAGGCGUUUGCUCAGCAGGGCGCAGCAGCGUACGGCUCCAUGAUGAUGAGCGGCACUACCGCGGGUCACAUGGGGCAGAUGAACAUGGGCAUGAUGGGGAGGAUGGCGAUGGGCCCCGAUCAGAAAUAUUUAUGAAGAGGACGGAGGGACAGGUGUCAGCAUGGGGACACUGUGAAGCUCAUAAACGUAAUAAACACCUGAAUGGUCA